UCCCGCCCUCCGCCCCCGCCGCCGCCACACAGGUUACCCUCCCGAGCGUCUGUGGAGGCGCGGGCCGCCUCAGGCUCCGGCGAGGCAGCGACCCGACCUCGGCCGCCGUUCGAGGCCCAGGCAGCCACUCGCCUCUACCCCAGCGCCCGAUGUCCUCAAGAUGGAGGCAGCGGGGGCGGGGGCGUGAAGAGGGCGGUGCUGUGGGCGCGGAGGACCCGGCGGCCCGGGCGGCGGCAGUGGCGGGAUGGGGCUGCUGCUCAUGAUCCUGGCGUCGGCCGUGCUGGGCUCCUUCCUCACGCUCCUCACCCAGUUCCUGCUGCUGUACCGCAGGCAGCCCGAGCCACCGCCGGACGAGGCAGCGCGCGCGGGCGACGGCUUCCGGUACCUCAAGCCGGUGCCCGGCCUGCCCCUCCGGGAGUACCUCUAUGGCGGCGGCGGCGGGGCUGAGGAGCCCGCCGGGGGCUCGGCGGAGGGCGCUGCGACCCCAACCCCGACCUCGGGCCCCGAGACCCCCGCCCCGCCGACGCGGGAGACCUGCUACUUCCUCAACGCCACCAUCCUGUUCCUGUUCCGGGAGCUGCGGGACACGGCGCUGACCCGCCGCUGGGUCACCAAGAAGAUUAAGGUGGAGUUCGAGGAGCUGCUGCAAACCAAGACGGCCGGGCGCCUGCUGGAGGGGCUGAGCCUGCGGGAUGUGUUCCUGGGCGACACGGUGCCCUUUAUCAAGACCAUACGCCUUGUCCGGCCGGUCGUGGCCUCGGCCACCGGGGAACCCGACGCUCCGGAGGGGGAGACCCUGCCCGCCGCCUGCCCGGAGGAGCUGGCCUUCGAGGCGGAGGUGGAGUACAACGGGGGCUUCCACCUGGCCAUCGACGUGGACCUGGUUUUCGGCAAGUCCGCCUACCUCUUCGUCAAGCUGUCCCGCGUGGUGGGCAGGUUGCGCUUCGUCUUCACGCGCGUGCCCUUCACCCACUGGUUCUUCUCCUUCGUGGAGGAUCCGCUGAUCGACUUCGAGGUGCGCUCCCAGUUUGAAGGGCGGCCCAUGCCCCAGCUCACCUCCAUCAUCGUCAACCAGCUCAAGAAAGUCAUCAAGCGCAAGCACACCCUACCCAAUUACAAGAUCAGGUUUAAGCCAUUUUUUCCAUACCAAACAUUGCAAGGAUUUGAAGAAGAUGAAGAGCAUAUUCACAUACAACAUUGGGCACUUACUGAAGGCCGUCUUAAAGUUACAUUGUUGGAAUGCAGCAGGUUACUCAUUUUUGGAUCCUAUGACAGAGAGGCAAAUAUUCACUGUACACUUGAAUUGAGCAGUAGUGUUUGGGAAGAAAAACAAAGAAGUUCUAUUAAGACGGUUGAAUUAAUAAAAGGAAAUUUACAAAGUGUUGGACUUACACUCCGUCUUGUUCAGUCAACUGAUGGGUGUGCUGGCCAUGUCAUCAUUGAAACUGUGGCCCCAAACUCACCGGCUGCAAUUGCAGAUCUUCAGCGGGGAGAUCGCCUCAUUGCUAUUGGAGGUGUGAAAAUUACCUCGACACUACAAGUGUUGAAGCUUAUCAAGCAGGCUGGUGACCGAGUUCUGGUGUACUAUGAAAGGCCCGUUGGCCAGAGUAAUCAAGGUGUGGUGCUACAAGAUAAUUUUGGCCAGUUAGAAGAAAACUUUUUGUCAAGCUCAUGCCAACCAAGUUAUGAAGAGGAAGCAGCAGGAUUGGCAGUAGAUACUGAAAACAGAGACCUGGAUUCUGAAUAUGAAGACUUGGCAAGUGAUGUCAGAGUACAAAAUGAGCUCAAAGAUGAGGCACAGUCAUUAAGUCAGAGUCCCAAACGGACUCCAACAACACUUUCUAUUAAACCCCUUGGCGCUAUAUCACCAGUUUUAAACCGUAAAGUAGUUGCAGGAAGUCACCCACCACCACCAAAAAUGCCAUCCAAAGAAGGAACUAAACCGUUGGCCCUAAAAACUUCUGAAGUAACAGAGCCAGUACAAGUGUCAAAACCCACCCAAGGAUCCACUUUCAAACCACCUGUGCCACCGAGACCACAAGUGAAAGUUCCUUUGCCUUGUGCUGAUACUCCAAAUCAGGCAGAACCAGAUGGUCUUGUUGAAAAGCCAGAGAAGGUGCUGCUUCCUACUCCAGUAGACAAGUCUGCUGAAAAGCAGGUGAAAAAUGUAGAUCAUGUAGAAGAUUUGAGCACAUCUAAGCAGUUUUUAGCAAAGCAAGAAGUGGCUAAAGAUUUUACUUCAGAAAGUUCCUGCCCUACCAAAGACAACACAGAUGAUCGUCAGACAUGGGAAUCAUCAGAAAUUCUUUAUCGUAAUAAGCUAGGAAAAUGGACAAGAACCAGAGCAUCCUGUUUGUUUGACAUAGAAUCCUGCCACAGGUACCUAAACAUUGCACUGUGGUGUAGGGAUCCUUUCAAGUUGGGGGGUCUCACCUGUUUGGGGCAUGUUAGUUUAAAACUUGAAGAUGUGGCCUUGGGAUGCCUAGCUACAUCCAACAUGGAAUACCUUUCCAAAUUCAGGCUGGAAGCUCCUGCACCUAAGGCCAUGGUCACUAGAACUGCUCUACGCAAUCUGAGUAUGCAGAAGGGCUUCAAUGACAAGUUUUGCUAUGGUGACAUUACUGUUCACUUCAAGUAUUUGAAGGAAGGAGAACCAGACCACAAUAUAGUUACUAAUGUAGAAAAAGAAAAAGAACCCCACUUAGUUGAAGAAGUUUCUACCCUCUCUAAAGAGGAGCACCUUAUUGGACAGAUGAGCUCCCCAGAAAAUAAGCAUAGUUUCCAGGAUACUCAAUUCCAAAACCCAACCUGGUGUGAUUACUGUAAGAAAAAAGUUUGGACAAAAGCUGCCUCCCAGUGUAUGUUGUGUGCUUAUGUUUGCCAUAAAAAAUGUCAAGAGAAAUGUCUGGCUGAGACUCCUCUGUGUGGAGCAACUGAGAGACGGAUAGACCGGACUCUAAAAAACCUUAGGCUGGAAGGCCAGGAGCCCCUCUUAGGCCUGCCUCCUCGUGUUGAUGCUGAAGCUAGUAAGUCAGUCAAUAAAACAACAGGUUUGACAAGGCACAUUAUCAAUACUAGCUCUCGCUUGCUAAAUUUGCGUCAAGUCUCUAAAACUCGCUUUUCUGAACCUGGGACUGAUCUUGUCGAGCCCUCACCAAAACACACGCCCAACACAUCUGAUAAUGAAGGCAGUGACACAGAGGUUUGUGGUCCAAACAGUCCUUCCAAACGGGGAAACAGUACAGGAAUGAAGUUAACAAGAAAGGAAGGUGGGCUGGAUGACAGUGUUUUUAUUGCAGUUAAAGAAAUUGGCCGUGAUCUGUACAGGGGCUUGCCUACAGAGGAAAGGAUCCAGAAGCUAGAAUUUAUGUUGGAUAAACUGCAGAAUGAAAUUGAUCAAGAGUUGGAACACAACAAUUCCCUUGUUAGAGAAGAAAAGGAGACAACUGAUACAAGGAAAAAAUCACUUCUGUCUGCUGCUUUGGCUAAGUCAGGUGAAAGACUACAAGCUCUAACACUGCUAAUGAUCCACUACAGAGCAGGCAUUGAAGACAUUGAAACUUUAGAAAGUCUGUCUUUAGACCAGCCCUCAAAAAAAAUAAGCAAAUACACAGACGAUGCGGAAGACCUCGAUAGUGAGAUCAGCCAACUGAUAGACUCUCAGCCAUUCAGCAGCAUCUCAGAUGACUUAUUUGGCCCGACUGAGUCUGUGUAAUGAUGGGGAGAAAGAUGUGUCUAAGUUAUAACAGAACUACAUUUCAGUCCUCUUGUAAUGCACCUUGGCCUGCUUCUUCACAGUUAUUUGCUUGUGUAAGAAAGAAUGAAAAAGGUUUUCUAGCAAAAACAAGACCAGCUCACUAAAUCAGUUGUUUCAGAUUGCAUUUAUAGCUAGGCUUUUUUGGAUUUAUACUGGGAAUUUAUUUUUACUAAUUUAUUUUUAACUUUUUCUAAUUAUGUAAUUAUGUAAGCUAACUUUUCAUGUUUACGUAUGUGUGAUGUCUCACUGUUCUUCCUUCGUGUUCCUUCUGCAUUAAUGUUACAUAGGAUAUAGCCCAGAUUCUUGAAAUACUUUUAUUUCCAUCACGGUUGUUAACAACAAAUUUGCUGCAUGCCCAAAUUGACAAAAUCAGUCAUUGGGGGAAUAGGUUGUGAAGCUUUUGUGUUAUGUUUUGAGAUUUGGGGGGUUGCUUUUUGUUUUUGCCAAAUGUAAAAUGAAACCAGAUGCUGCAGCUUUAGUCUGUUAUGCUGAUUUAGUAAAAAA